AUGGCAACCAAAAAACGAAGUUAUCGUAAAAAAGUUGUUUCGUCCGAUGACGAGCAAAAAGACGCAAACAAACUAUCUCAAGAUUCUGAUAUUAUACAACAACAGCAAAAUGUAGAUUCGGAAGUGAGUGAGACAAUCGAAGAUCUUAUCGAGUUACGAAAAUACCGACGAAGACCACAAGGCAUUGACAUAGAGAAACUGUCAAAAGGUGAUGUGAAACUAAAGAAAAAGAAGAAAGAUGAUGAUCCGUGGAAAUUGAAAUCUGGCGGGUUGGUGGAUCUUGAAGCAGUAAAAGCAGUAAAAGAUGAGGAAGAGGAUGAGACUGGCGAACAACGAAAAAUCAUGCUUGAUUCAUUUACUAAACAGACAAAUGCUCUAGAUAUCGAUAAACACAUGAUGGCAUUUAUCGAAGAAGAAAUGCGUAAACGUAGAGGUGGACAACAAUCUUCAGCCCUCUCCAAAAAUGAGGAAGAAGUCGAGACUAAUAAACCUUUGAAUCCUGAGGAUGAAUUGUUUCAACCGCCCGAUCAUUUACGGAUCGAGAAUAAGCCAAUUUCAGAAGGAAACGUACAAUUAUCGACAACUAUGCUUACUGCUAUCCCAGAAGUUGAUCUAGGAAUAGAUGUACGACUAAAGAACAUCGAAGAAACAGAAAAGGCAAAACGAAGAUUAUUGGAAGAGCGACAUCAAAAACCUGCUGAGGAUAAGAAUUCGCUUGUAGGAGCGAAUAUUUCUGCAAGUAAUCGAUUCUUUCGUAAUCGACCGACGACAAGUGACCAUGAACAAGGAGGAGGUGGUGGUGGCAUCAAUUAUAUUAAAAAUGAACAACAAUCAAUUGAUACCAAAUCUCUACGAGACCAAUCACAACAGCCGCAACAGCCACAGCAGCCACAGCAGCCACAACAAUCACAGCAGUCACAACAGUCACAACACUACCAUCAUAAUAAGAGCAAUACAGGCGGUCAACGUAGAGAGAUGGCUACUGAUGACAUUGUGGCUGAGAGAUUCAAGAAACGAUUGCGACGUUAA